AUGGAUACCUCCACUUCAGCCAAGAAAUGGUGCAGAGCAUACUUUCGAACACUCACCCACUCUGACAGAUAUUACAGAUUAAUGUCAGCAGCGUCCACUGACACAGACUCGGAGGCUUGCUAUCAAUGCCCUAGCGGCAUCAAAAGGCCGAAGGUUGAGAAUAACGAGGAGCCUCAUGCAGGCGAGCACGAAGUGCCUAUUGAAGAGGCCAUGUAUCCGCUCCCCCCCUUCCGUCAAACACCUGGUCCCAUCUCAGUGUCUCAGUCAUACAUACAAAGACUGAUCAUAGAGCAUUGGGAUGCCAAAUUUCGUUACUGCGAGAAAGCAAAGAAAUUGCAUCAAUUCGAAAUGGGACUAGGCCAAGGGAGGCUCACCAUCAUACAAGCAAGCUUGCAAAGACUUGUUGCAGAGCACUGGGAUGCUGAAGCAAAACAUUGUGAGGAGGCGAAGCGGGCACAACUUUUAGAGUUACUUCUUGCCGCUCAUGGUAUUACUAGACUGGUGUAG